GUUUCCAGGGGGUCUGGAAACCCCCCAAGCAACAGCCGUCUAAUAUCAACUCAUUGUCUUACGUCACACCUUCUCCCGUACAGUUUUUGAUAUAGAUUCGGCAGUGAUUCCUGUGGUGUACUGUACACCCUACAUACGCUCCGUGACCGGCAGGGACGUCAAGGCACGCCUAACGCGCGCUAGUGUUCCAACUUUGCACGUGGCGGGCACCUUUCCUAGUCUCCUGACACGUGAAGAGAGGGAAUUUCCGAAAGUGACUGUGGACAAUGAAGAGGCGUUCUAAAGACCAACUGACCAUCAGUGCUCUCUUUGAAGCUGCUAGAAAGAGAUCUCGAGGCGGGGACCCCACUCAAGAGAGUGUAGAUUCUGAGCGGGCAUCGUCGCAUUCCAUCAAUUUGGAACUGAACCCAAUGACAAGUGAAGCAUAUGAAACUGCAGACCUCAGUAUAGAAGUCACUGGAUCUGGUGGCAGCGGGGAUCAUGUAAGCGAUCGUGUUGAAGUGCUUGCAUUUGUCAAUGGGGAUGAACGUGAUCCUGCUGAAGCCUGCAGAGCGAUUAGAAACGAUGUUGGAGAACUGGUAGAUCCAAACAAACUGCAGGAUGAUACAAAGCUCUCCUUGCUGUUGGGUCAUUUUGUUCCAGACAGCCACUUUCCGUUUCCUCCUCGGCAAGAGAAGAAGAGUGGGCGAGAUACCAAGCGCUAUUUUCAAUUACAAUGGCUUGAAAAGUAUAACUGGCUAGUUUAUUCUCCAAGCCAAAAUGGUGGAUAUUGUCUACCUUGUGCACUUUUCAGCACUGAUCAAUCAACAGGCCAGCUCUGCAAACAAGCAAUGGUAAAGUUCACCAAAGCGUCUGAGACCCUUAGAAAGCAUGACCAACAGGAAUGUCAUAAGGUCUGCUGUACCAGGGCCAGCCAUUUCAUUGCAACCAGGAGACAUGGUCAGGCAAAUAUUCUUCAGCUUGUCGUAGACCAAGGGAGUAAGCAAAAACAGGAAAAUAUAGCCAAGCUUUGUGCCUUGAUCAAGACUGUAGAGUUUUGUGGACGCCAGAACAUUUCUUUGCGUGGCCACAGAGAGAAAGGAUUUACUUGGGACCCCAACGAACAGUUAGCAUGUAAUCCUGGAAACUUUCUAGCUCUAUUGCGUUUUCGUGUGGACGCAGGUGAUGAACACUUGUUGAGGGACUUCCAUAUGUCUCAGUCUGCUCGAGGACUACGUGCGUCUUACCUGAGCCCAACAAUACAGAACGAGUUGAUUGAGUGCUGUGGGAAGGUUAUACAAGAAGACAUAUUGAGAGAUGUCAGAAAAGCACCAUUUUUCUCAGUGUGUGCAGACGAAUCUGCUGAUGCCAGCAACCAAGAACAGUUGCCCCUGGUUCUUCGUUUCGUCGAUGAGUCUGGACUCAUUCGUGAAGAGUUGGCUGAAUUUCUCUGUUGCUCUGAUGGCACCACCGGGCUAGCUUUAGCUAAUCUGCUACUGACCACAAUGACGGAAAUGGGCUUGCAGCCAAAAGAGAAGCUUCGUGGACAAGGCUACGACGGUGCAGGGAAUAUGGCUGGACCUUUGCAGGGUUGUGCAAGCAGAGUAACUGCAGAAUGCCCAAAAGCGCUGUACCUCCAUUGCAGUGCACAUUGUCUCAACCUGUGUAUAAUAAGGCUAAGCAAACUGCCUUUCAUCCAGUCUAUGUGGUCAUCAUUGUUAGACGUCAACAUCUUUUUCAAAUAUUCACCAAAGCGUGCUCAUGCUAUGGCUGAGAUAGUUCAUGAAUGGCGUCAAGGAGAGGGUGGCGACUCAAAGAAAAAGUUGGUUGAUUUGUGCAAAACAAGGUGGGUAGCGCGACAUGAAGCCCUUGUCGUGUUUGCUGAGCUUUAUCCAGCUGUUUUAACGACGUUGGAGACAAUCAGCAGAAACAGGGGUGGAACAGUUACAUGGAACGCUACUAGCUGCUCCUCUGCUACAUCUCUCCACAAUAACCUAACCCAGUUCCGAUUUCUUGCAACAUUUGUGAUAACAUCAAAAUUGAUGGCUGCAAUUCAAAGCCUAACAUCAAGUCUCCAAGAGAAAGCCACAGAUGUCGCAAAGGCUUACAAACACGUCGCUAGAGUCAUCUCCGUUCUUCAAGAUAUGCGGGACAACAUCAACGACAGACUGGAGUGCAAGAGAGUCUCCCAAGAUAUUGCAGUAGGCAGACGUACCGUGGGAACAUUCCAGCGCAAACGCCAGUUGACUACUAUCGCCUGA